AUGAGGAGACACACAACAAUCGUGGUAAAGGAAUCGGCCUGCAAGGCUGUGGCCCAUCGAUACUCUUUGGAGCGAGAGAGUGAAUUCCCUGUGACCACACAGAGUGCCCAUUGUUCUGCACUGAAGGCAGCUGGGUAUCAGAGAUGCCAUUUAUCUCCUUAUCUCCCCUCACUCGCAGUUAACCUCAUCUGUGAACAGCAGCAGAGCUACGUCAGCAGACCUGGAACAGACGUCUGCUCUUGUAACCCAGGUGUGGUGGGCUUCUACAAGACAUACAUGUGGACGCUGUAUCAGACGUUCAUCCGGAGAUAUCCAGUGUGGGCUGUGAGCCAUGCUGGACACUGUAUGCCUCCAGAAACCUAUGAUAUGAUUGAAGAUGCAUCUGUGACUGAGAAGGAGGAUGUUUUUGGGCUAAACGGGCAGAUUGAACACAAGCUGGCCUUCCUUCGAAAGCAUGUGCCUCGAGACACCAACCUGCUGCUGAUUGGUCACUCCAUCGGUUGCUACAUCAUUUUGGAGAUGAUGAAGAGAGACCCAGAGCUACUAGAACUAGAUAAGAAAGCUGUGAAGGCGGUGAUGCUCUUCCCUACAAUUGAGCGCAUGGCCUGUAGCCCUCAAGGCAAGGUCAUGACCCCUGUGCUCUGCCGGCUGCGGUACGCCUUCUAUUUGCCCAUCUUCCUGCUCUCCCUCUUUCCAGAGAGGCUGAAGGUCAGCAUAGUGCGUCUGGCUCUGAGGAAUUUUUAUGCAGUGGACACCUCCAUCAUCCCAGCCACCGUCAGCCUGAUCAAUGUAGAAUGUGCAGCCAACGGUAUGUACAUGGUAAGCCAAGAAAUGAGACUGGUUGUAGAAAGAGACAACGCAACUGUACGCCAACACCUCAGCAAGCUUAUUUUUUACUAUGGAGCCACGGAUCACUGGUGCCCUGUGCAGUAUUACCGUGAUAUCAGAAAAGACUUCCCUGAAGGGGACAUUCGUCUGUGUGAGAGGGGCAUCCGGCAUGCAUUUGUCCUGGAUGCAGGGGAGGAAAUGGCUAACAUGACGGCAGAGUGGAUCUUUGAUGAUUGAGUACGCUCUGACUGCCAGAUUAACAUUUUAUUCCUCUUUAACCUCUACCAGCCAAAUAUUCUAACUGAGCCCCCUGUGAGAGUUUUUUAAUGCGACCAGUUUUUUAGGAUGUAUUACCUAUUUCCAUGGCAAAGCAUCAAGUUUGUCACAAAACACUUCACAAAGGUGCUGUAUGACGGAUGUAUUGGUGGCAUUUUAUUUUUCAAAUAUUCAUGAUUGUAAAAUAUCUGGUAUUUUGAUUCUCAAAUAUGUGUAAGUAAAUGUAUUUUGUCCCUCAACUAUGCGGUGUAUUGCUUUAGUUUACUUCAAGAGUCUCUACUUUCUGUCAAGUGGACAUUGUAAUUGUCUGUUUGUGAUGUUUAUGGGAAUGAUUUCUAAACACACAAAUGUGCAGUGGGGUGUGGAGCAGGACACAUGUCAAUUAUUUAUUUAUUUUAGUGGAACAUGGUAAUUUUUGAAACUUGAUUUAACCAGACAGCUCACAUAAGAAGAAAAAUCGUAUAUAUGACGACCUGGCAUGAAGAUAUUGUCCUCUUGAUGGGAAAUGUAUUUUUAUAAUUUAAAUGAUUUUAUAUUAUUAUUCAAUAACAUCCGAAGGUUAAAAAACAAUACUACUAUAUUACAAACC